AUGCUGGUGUCACCAGGCAAACACGACCACACAGCUGGCUGUCGAGUUUGGUGUGCCAUUGCUGGAAUCCAGCGUGCAACGGGUCUGAUCGGAAAAGCCACUGGGCCAAAGCGAAACAAAGUCAGCCAGUACCGAGGCGGAUCCGCAGCACGCUUCGGAAGCUGGGAUUUCCGUGGUGGCCAAAGUACUCGUAGACUCGGCACCCGACGCACAUGUUUCCAGCGCUGCCAGCCAGUGGCGGUUGGCAGACGGCAGGUGACAGAAGGCAGCAAGUUUGCACGGGACCCUGCAGGCCAAGUACCCAAGUACCCAAGUACCCUCGGUCAGAUGGCCCAACGCCGAAGAUGA